UGGAGGACGGUCAUGGAGACCCUGGGGACCCUUCUCGUGCUUGGAGCGCUGCUCCUCUCCCCCGCCGAGGCCCAGGAGGCCACAAAGCGUCGCUGGAAGCCCUGGCUGGUGGGCCUGACUGCUGUCGUGGUCUUCCUGUUCAUCGUCUACGUCCUCAUGCUGGCCAACCGCAUCUGGUGUUCCAAAGCCAGGGCCAAGGACGAAGAGGAGGCUGACCUCAGAAUGGAGACCAACCCGUACCAGGAUGUGGACCUGAGUGAAGGAGACCGUGGGGAGGAGAAAGAGAGAAGAGAGAGAGAAGGAAAGAAGGAGAAAAAGGCAAAGAAGGAAGGAGGGGGCAAUGUGGGGGACAAAGAGGACCGCAGACACCACGAGCCAGUAAAGAACACGGCCUUGUGAGACGCCCUGCCGCCGCCUCCAGGCAGCCCCCCAGACGUGCCCCCUCCACACCCUCUCAGCAACGCCUUGGACUUGAAGCCAGUGAAAUGACUCCGUCUGGGAAUCAGAAUAAUGUUCCCAAAUGAAGAGGAUUGGGGACCCACCCCACCUCCCUCAAGGAGGGCUCUUGGGGUAUUACACGGUCUUUAUACACUUCGUCCUAAGCUUGAUCCCGUCUGGUGAUUCUUUUUGCACUUGGGGAGCAUCCC